AAAUUUAAAAGAAACGAAUUGAAGCUAGUAGAAGAAUCUAGGUUCCAUGCGAUUUUACUGGUAGAAAGAUGUCAGUCAGAUACAAACUCAAAAUUCCUACCUAAGACGCGUCCCUUUUCUUAUCUUUCUUUCCAAUCCCGUUGUUCAUUUUCUGAUCUAUAUAUGGUUGCUUCUCGACCCAUUCGAUCUUAUUCAGCAUUUCAAAUUUAAAGUUUCGUUCUCUAAGAGAAAACAAAAUGCAGAGGGAGAGAGGAGGGGUUCAUGAGGAGAAGGACACCAGCACCUCGAUUGGGGAAAAGAUUUCCAGCAUUCUCGGAAGCUUGUUUGGGCCGAAAGGGCCAGUUUCAAAAGAUACCCCUCCUGAUGAUUUACCAAGAGCCAGCAAGCCCACUGGACCCGUCAUUGAGGAGCUAGAGAGCAAUGAAGAUGGUGGUGGCGGUGAAGUAGAAAAAUGUGGAGAAGGGUGUCAUAACCAGCAGCAGAGUAGUGAUUGGGCCAACGGAAACCCACUUGUUGAGCACCCUGAGGAUCAAGCUGAUGAUUAUCAUAACGAGACCAGUAACAUGAGGAAAUCUCCUUCAUUUGGGAGCAUUGAAGGAAAUAGAAGUAUGAGCUACAGAAGAGUAACACAUGGCGGCAUAAAUGGCGCCUAUUUAACGGCUACUACAAGCCGCCUGACUGGAAGUGAUGGAAGGGUGUGGGAGGAAACCAAACAUGCAGAUACUACAACGGGCGAAGCAACACACAGAAUCUCUAGAGGAAUCCAUGAUAAGGGACACACAGUAACAAGGAAGCUUAAAUCAGAUGGCAAGGUCGAUUCUAUGGAGACUUUGCACAAUUUAGGGGAAGAUGACUUAGUUGGUUUUGAACGGGAUUGGAAGACUAACGCCGGCAGAGAUUGGAAGUAUAAUGCUCGCAAUGGAGGACCAAUCACCAGCAGCUGGUUGACAAAUUGGGACUCUCCCUUUAGAGAAGGCUCUGUUGGUCCAAGGUCUGACCUUGACACCAUAGGGCGCCAAUCUGGAGCCAGGGCAAAAAAGGUUAUCACUAUUAACAUCGAGUGAAUUCUAGUUUCUUUUUAACACCAUACAAGUACCAAGAGCUGGGUAUGUCCUGGUGAUGAUUCAAACAAUCAAUUCAAGUACUCGGUUUUGGUUGCCAUGUUUGUGUACAGUAGCGACAGUCUCACAUUUGGCUUUUUUAUUUUACUUUUCUCCUCCUAAGCAUAGAUUGUCAUUUUAUAGCUUUGUCAUGUAAUAUAGGUGUGCUUAAGAAGGAUUAAAACCAGGUUUGGCAGUUGUAUAAAAGAAAGAGAAAAGGCAAGAGAAAAAAAAGGAAUUGCA